CUAAGCAUUGUGGGAAACGGACUAUUUCCAGCAUGGCACCCGUAAAUAUAAUGAACACGGAAGUGAACUAUGGUAUUUGAUUUUUAUCCAAAACAGACACCAUUUAACCGGCUUAGUUAUAAUAUAGUAUUGUAUGCAUUUUGUGCUUCAAAAGGAGACACUUGUUAAGCCAGUCCAUUAUUGUAAUAAUUUCAAUAUUAACUAAAUAUUCACUAAACACGUUGCAAUGGCUUCAGCAUCUACCCCGGUUAAAGUUGUGAGGCAUUGUUUCACGUGCAACAGCCAAACAAAAGGACGAUUAAGGAAUAUAAACAAUGUAGCUAUGAGGAAUAUAAGUUUCAAGUCACAUUUUGAAGUUUUGGGGUGUGAUUUGGAGGAGGUAAACACGUCUAAAUUUGUUAUGUGUGAAUCGUGCCUGAAAACAUUAGAUAAAGUUUCUUCAAUGAAAUCGGUUCUGAAGACAAAUUUGAAUGAUUGUAAAUCAGUGCAUGAAAGGCAAAAGCGCAUGAUAUUACACUCUAUUUCGCCGACUGUCAAAAGAUUCGUACAGAACAGACUUACCCCAAUAAAGCCAAGAAAAAGUGUAAAGCAACUUUUUAGUGCAAAUCAUCCAGAGUCAGAUAAAGAAUGUUAUAGGAAAACAAGUACACUUAAAUUAGACUUGCCUAUUCCACCUGAUCAUUUAUACAGUGCAGCACCAACCACCACCUCCCAUGCUGAGCAUACAUACUCAGUGAAGGAACUUAAGGAUAAACCUAAUUCCGAGGAAAAUGUGUCAGUAUAUUUCUUACACAAGAAGAAACUCUUAAGUCCAUUGCCAAUCACUCAGGAGGCAAAAGAAAUCCUACAAGAAACUACUGAGAAUAUGAUCAAUGGAAAGACAAGUGCAGAAGAAAUGCUUGCAGCUAUUGUGGAAAUUCCUGUGAUACUUGAAAGACUCUGGCAAAUCAUUCUGAUGAAAUUAUCUUUUGAAAUGGACCAGCUAUGCAGAAAGACAGAGCCCAGUGUGCUGAGGUUAAAAGUGGGGGACAUUAAGCCUCAGACAUUCUGUCACCAAAUUUUGUUUGAAAUGCAUCAGAGGUGUCCCAGAGCUUUAGACUUCCUGAUGACUAUGGCCUGUCCUGUCCAUCUGGCCAUGCCUGAAGACAGCCGCAUUAUUGCUGGCAUGUAUGCCAUGGCUAUGUACGCGAGAAACAAUCAGCUUAUUGGAUUCCAGAAAUGCAUGGCUGCCUCUUGCAUAAGAUACAAUGCAGGAAAUGGGCUGCUUGGACUUCUGCACACUUUUGGCUUAAGCAUCCCCGAAAAGACCAAGUUGGUUAUGUUAGAUGACCUUGGCAAGAUAAAUGGAAGAGAAGUCACUACUGUUUUGAACCAAGGAAAGACGCUGAAGAUAACAGUGGAUAAUAUUGAUGGGAGAAUUAAAGCCAAUCAGAUUAGGUAUGGAAGUAGUAAUCGAGAUUACCAUUACACUCACUGGUCGGUUAUCAUAGACAGAUUUGACCCUAGAGACCUCGAAGGCCUCGGUACCCAACCUAAGGUAGUUCCUGCUAAAGGCCCAGACGCAACAACAUUCUUCUUGUCAAAGGAAGAAAAAACCUCAUUAAGAAAUUGCUACUCCUGGAUGGUGAAGAGGAUUCUGGUUGAAGAUGUACCAGCACUUUCAGCGUUCUCUUCAGUUGUUCCUACAGUGCUGAACCAUCAGUACAGAAAAGUAGUCGACAGACCUACAGAAGUGUAUCCAAUGUUUAAAAUCUUCAAGACAUUCUACAAGACAGAAACUGCCAGAGAGGCUGGCUCCCUAGCCAACUACAGAGCUGUUCUCCACAGAACAAAUGUAAAUGGUGAUGUAAAAGCUAAUGGAUAUGAAGCCCACAAGGAUUUCCUCAUUACUGUUACGAGAGCUUUGUUAAAGGAACUGACAUGUGAAUCACUUCGGUUAGAAAAACCUGAUGACAUACAGGAAAUGUUACCGACUGACCUUCAAGAAAUGACAGCAUCUAACAAAAGAAGAUGGUUUGAAAAAAAAGUCAGCCCAGUUGUUGAUAAGAUAGUGGGUACAUCCUCAGCACCACCGGCACCAGACAUGAAUGUCACGAUAAAGCACAAGGGUACUUUGUAUCAUGUCGCCAUUUCUGCAGAGAAUGCGGGAAAAACCAUCCAGCUCAAGCUAAACGGUGACAUCAUCCAGAUCAAUGUCCCUGCACAGAAAGAAAAUGUUCAAGAAGAAGUGGAAGAUGAUGUCCAAGAGUAGAGCACUAGCAUUGUUCGGGUUGCUAUUGACUUCAUGGUGUUCUGUGAAGUGAUAAAGGCAGGAGAUAUAAACAUGAUCAGUAUCUUAAUGAAGCGAUUCAUUCCACUCUUCAUUUGAUUAUCCUCCUGCAAAUCCAAAUAUGCAAUACAGUGUGUAGAUUUCAUCACUAAAACAGAAUGUCUUUUGUCGGAAUAUGAUAGCGUGCGAGUUAAACUUGGCCUGCUUGUUAAUCGUAAAGGCAAACCAGGAAAAAAUAAACCAGCCGAUAUGCAACAAGAAAACAACAUAAAGCUAGUUAAGCAUGUGAUUAGAGGACUUGGUGCUGGAAAAACAGACAAAGCAAUGAUGAGAGUUACAAAGGCUGCACCAGUUGUCAGUGAGCUUGUGGCUGGUUUUGAAAGCAGCGGGGCUAAAAGAAAGAAAAGGAAAUCAAAAUCAUUGAAUGAAGACCUGUUUGUCCUAAGCACCAAACUUAGAGAACUAAGACCCUUCAAAGGAAACAGGAGUAGACAGAUGGAAUCCUUUAAUAAACUAUCAGCAAACAUCAUUGGAGAAGUGGAAAAGGAAAAGCUUCAGGAAUUUGUAAUUAGACACAGUAUUAAAGCUAUGAACAAACUUGAUCAUGUUGAUUAAUAUGGUGACUAUUAGCAUGGCUGUUUUUGGAGAAAACCCAAUGUAUUGUCAUAGCCAGCUCGCCGUGUCCGCCGUCCUUGUAAAGGUUUUUAACAUUGGCUCUAAAAUCAAAGUCCUUCCACCUACAACUUUGAAAUUGUAUAUGUAGAUGCACCUUGAUUAAUUCUACACGACACAUCCAUUUUUGGGUCACUAGAUCAAAGGUCAAGGUCAUGUGACCUUUAAAAAAUAUAAUCCGGCAAGCUUUCGCAGCCGAGCGUGGCACCCUUAUGCGGUGCUCUUGUUAAUAGAAUUAGGGUGUAAUGUAAGAUUUUUCCUCCAAUAUUUUGUAGGAGGAAGGGAUUUUCAGACGAAUUACUUUAACAAAUAAAUGAUUGGCUAGUAAUAGUACAUGUAUGAUGUUUGUCAAAUGAUGCUGCUUAUCUCCUCUAAAUCACAGUCUCCAUAGCAACAUUAUUAUUAAUGUUAACAUUCUGUGAAGUCCUUGUGCUUGGGUGUUUCAUGAUACUUAAAUGCUCGUAAUUUAAUCACUUCAAAUGAUUUAUAUGUCAUAUCAAGAUAAAUGUUAUGACACCACUUUAAUGAUUGAUUCAUUUCAUGAAUGCUUAUGUUUCUUGUAGUAUAAUAUUGUUGUAUUAUCAUUUUUGGCAAACAUUCUGCAAGGUACAUACAUUUCAUAAAUGUUCACUUUUACAACUAUCUACAUGCAUGCAUAAUCUUUUUACAAUUUUUGUUAUAGUUUGUUGUCCAUAUGUAUUAUAGCGCAUUAUAAAAACAACAUUUGUGGACAUAAUAAAGUAUUCUACAGACAGCCUUGAGCAAAGAAAAUGCUGAUAUCUUUAUUUGCAAAUACAGUUCUUUAGGUCUGUCAUUCCAUGAAGUCUUUCUAUGUUUACAGUUUUAAAAAUAUGAAAUACUGUAAAUCCGGGAGAUAUGGCAUUAAUAUUAUAUCUUCUUUGUGUGAAUAAAAUUAGCUUAACCCUUUCAGUGCGGGAACCAAAUUUUGAAGGCCUUUGCAAACAGUUUGGAUCCAGAUGAGACGCCACAGAACGUGGCGUCUCAUCAGGAUCCAAAAUUGUUUGCUAUUCUGAUAAUAUUCUUUGAAAAAAUUCAAAGAAAAUGCUAAUUUUAGAAAUUCAGCAGACGACAAUUAAGCAGACGACAAAUUUCCCAGCAUGCAAAGGGUUAAAUAUGAAGACCGUCAUUGCAUUCCAUUUUAGAGAUCUCGAGUUGUUUUUCUCAAGUAAAAGAUUCAAAUAUUUCAGAUUCCAAUACAGCAUCUUGAACAUACAUGAUGUAUAUCAUUUUUGAUUUAAUAUAAAUGUCUUAAAAUAUUGAAUAAAAAUGUAUGUAACUUAAGUAUGCAUGAGUUAACAGUGAUUGAAUUUCUUGGAAUUAUUAAAAUGUUUUAUCCAU